AAAGUUCAUAGGACAAAUCUGUUUACAAAGAGAUCUGGCCUGAUGAAAAUCAGAUAAAAUAUCAUUAAUAAUGGAUACAAUUUCUUCACUGAAACUUGUCUCAGCGCAGAAUAUUGCAAAUAUAUUAGAUUAUUCGUCUCUUAUUGCAGCUAUUGAAAAGAGUUUAGCGAAUUUCUCACAUCGGACCGAUUCAGGUGUAAAUCAACCAGUUAGAAGUGUUGUAAUUGUACCAAAUUCUGAUGGGUAGGUUUAUUAACCCUCUUGUACGGAGUACGGAGCCUUUUCGGGGUGUAUGUGCCAAAAAGACGGAGCACUUUUUACGAGCUCGGCAAGCGCAUUGCAAAUUUUUUUUAUAACAAAUAAAAUAUUUCCCUAAUAACCUAUAAUAUAUGUAAAACUAAUUCUAUAUAUAUUCUUGUAGGAAAUUGAAUGAACAAAUACAAUCUUUAUCUAUCAAACUGAAAUAUCAACAUUUAUUAUGCAAAUGAGCUACCCUGAUUUGCAUAAUUUAUGCUUGUACUUGUAAUUUUUUGUUAAGUUAAACCUAGAAUAAACAUGAAUUACUUGUAUCAGUUGUGUGAAUUUUUGUAUGGAUGAAGCCUGAACAAGUCCUAAAACUUAUGUUUUUGGGAAACAAAGCCCAUGGAGGCCCUUCAGUCUUCAGAUACAUCUGGCACAUGUCUCUACUCCUUCUCCAACCGCCCUCCCCCCUCUAUUUCAAUUGUUACAGACACUCACUGUAACAGGCCCCCAUUUAUGACCAAGGGACCUUCUCUUAAGCUGGAUGUUACUGAGAAGUUGUUUGCAUAUCUAUUGGUCUCUCUCAUAAACAUUUGAGUGAUAUUUAGUGUAGAAAAUAGCAUUAAGUACUCAAAUGGGGUGCUUAUGUCUUAUUUGUAGCACCUAUGUUGUCUAAAAAUUCAGUGGGGUCAUCUCUGUCCAGUUGAGGACCCCUAAUACACCACAUUAGCAGACAUGUUCAAAUUUCACGAUAUAACUAUACAGACACAAAAUAAUUCAUGCACAAAAAUAAAUUUAGUUCACCAUCAACGAACACAGCCAUUAAAAUGCCGGGAGUUGCAGGAAUACGUAAGAAUAAAUUUGAUUUGCUGGUAAAAUGCCAGCCAAUCACAAGGCUCGAUUUAUGGGGCCCAUGGUUCGGACUUUUGUUUUUCUCGCUAGUCCACCUUGGGCCGAUAGAUCGGCCCUUACGCCCCAAGAAGGUUAAAAAUUCGAACUGGCUAUUCGCACCCGGGUAACAGAAGUGAGAGGUUGGGAUAAAAAACUAUUUAAAAUAUUAUUGUUGGGUUUGUAAGACAAAAUGAGGUAACAAAUAAAGGAUAAUUGAAUGGACUAUAUGUUUGCAAACUUACUUCUUCAGUUUAACUAAAGUAAACUACCAUAAAUGACAUUCGAAUAGCAUUUAGUCAAAAUGGCCCUGGACACGCAGUGCCUCCAUUCACACCAGAGUCCCAUUAGACCAAUGCUAUUUAGAUGUCAUUGUUUUUGUUGUUCUUUCCUGUAAAUAGAUUUUUAGGUUGUAUGCCAGUCUACAGCAGAGAAGAUGAUGUUUUAGCUACAAAGAUUGUUUCAUUUUUCCCACGCAACAAAGAUGUUCCUACACACCAUGCUGUUGUAUUGGUUUUGUGUGCUCAGACUGGAGUUCCAAGAGCUGUAAGUGUCCUUGUUGAACUCACUCCUAGGCUUACCACACUAAAAUUUCAAUACAUUUUCCACCUAGUCUAUUAACAUUCUUUUAGAUUUUUCGCAGAUUAGUUUCUCUGGACCAAAUACAUUUUUUUCCACUAGUUACUGGAUGGUGAUGUCAUAACUGCCAGAAGGACAGCAGCAACUUCGGUUGUAGCCACCAAGGUUUGUAAAUUUAAACAUACUUUUGUGAAUAUAUAGUUAUCAUUUGCAUAUAUUUAUGAAAUAGUUUCUUUAUUUAGCUUUAGAAAAAUGUAUUCUACAGUGAUACCUUGGAAUCCAAACUCCCAUAACUAGAACAACUUGGAAUCCAAAAACCUAGAGCUUGAACAACUUGGAAUCUAAACACCCAGAACUAAAACAACUUGGAAUCCAAAAACCUAGAACUUAGGAGACUUGGAAUCUAAACACCCAAAACAUGGGCGCCUGCAGAAAACUUUCUAGUGGGGGGGCAAAAAUUCGAUUAACUUUCCAGGGGGGGGGCCAAACAUUUUUUAGUAAUGUUUUAAUGUAGUUUUAAUUUACUGUAGCGUAUUUGUAUGGUGAACGAACGGACAUCAGCUUAGUUACUUUCUCUUUAUUUUCUCUUUACUUUAAUACAUUUUUUGUCCAUUUUUGUCUAAAAAAUUUUUAUCCACUCAAUCCAAAACUAAAACAACUUGGAAUCCAAACACCCAGAACUUGAACAACUUGGAAUCCAAACACCCAGAAAUUGAACAACAUGGAAUCUGAACAUAAAAUUUUAGAAAAGUUUUGCCCAAAAUCCUAACACUGCUUGGAAUCCAAAUUCUCACACAAUGAUUUAGUGAAAGGCAUGCCUAAUGGUGAUAAGUAAUAGUUUAAUUAAAAACAGUAGAGGUCGGUUCAAGACUUUUAGAAAAGCAUUAGGGUCCAUAGUGCUGUUAAACACAGAGAAGCUGUCUGUUAUAAUUCGGAAGCAGCAGAAAAAAUUUUAAUGAAGUUUCAGGAGUGAUGAGUAUGUCUAUGUUUUGAACCAAGUGUUCCACUGUGACUCUUUUGGAAAAAGAUACUCAGGCGAACGUGGAUCUCAAAGUAAGAAAUGUCUGGACCAUGGUAUAAGCCAAUGAAAGGCCGCCUUACUUUCUUGUUGAAUGGUAAUGAUAGUUGGGCUGCAAGAUCGACGUCUCCUUGUUUAAUUAUUCAGAGAACUCAUGGUUUUUAAAGAAGAAAGACAUCAUCAAGACCAAGCUUAAUGUUAUGUGAAGAUAAAAUUUGAUCAUCAUAAGUCAGAUUCAGUAGCCUCUUCGGCAUGUGCCUUUUAGCCCAAAGAGAUUAAAUGUGAUAAUCAUCAUUCAUAUCCAGUAGCCCCUUGGGCAUGUGCCUUUUAGCCCAAAGAGAUUAAAUGUGAUAAUCAUCAUUCAGAUCCAGUAGCCUCUAGGGCAUGUGCCUUGUAGCCCAAAUACAUAUAUAGAUACACAAGGAGUUUUCUCCUUCAGUAAAGGCUUAUCUGCAGGAGAAAAUCUCCAGAUGAAGGCUUACUUCCCCAGGAUGGUUAAAUUUUUAUUCAAAUACUGUAUUAUUAUUUGUUAAUAUUUACCUUAAAAUCCAAUGUAUUUACUGUUGAAAUCAUUUAGAAAAUUUGAGUUUGUGGGACACAGAAAAGGAUUAAUCCAGUUUCCAUUAUUUUAAAGAGGAAAAAUUGUCUUGGUUCUCAAAUGUCUUGGAUCUUAAAUGUCUUGGAUCUUAAAUGUCUUGGAUCUCAAAUGUCUUGGAUCACAAAUGUCUUGGAUCUUAAAUUUCUUGGAUCACAAAUGUCUUGGAUUUCAAAUGUCUUGGAUAACAAAUGUCUUGGAUCUUAAAUGUCUUGGAUCACAAAUGGGUUUCUGGAAUAAGAUUCCAAGGUAUCACCAUAUUUACUUUUCAUUGUAGCUUGGGAUGGACUGAAUAUUCCAUUUGGUGCAAAAAUGCUCAUCCAUUUUAAUAUUUUUAUGUCCCUGACAGUAAGUAGGAAUCCCAUACAUAAUAGUUCAUUCUGAAUUAUGGCCGACAAUUUUUAGCUAAUUGUGUAUGUUUAAAUGAGCUUUGAACUUAAUUUAAAAACUUAUAAAUCAGAAGUUAUUUGAAUCAAAUAGUUAAAUGAUUUUUGCAAAAAAUUUUAUAGCUAAUCUUUAAAAAAAUCUUAUGUUUAUUUUUAAUGUUUUUAUUUAAUAAUGAAAAUAUAAUUGGAUGAGUACUAGAUUUCUAGUCUAUUUAUCACAGUCAUUGUACAUAUAUUGUAAAAACUGUAAUGAUUAGAACUUUAGUUUAUAUUUUCUCAAGCAUUUAGUAAAUGGUGAACCAAAGAUACUGGCUAUAUUGGGAUCCGGUGUUCAGGCCAGAUCUCAUUACAUAGCACUGUCAGAGGUCUUUCAUUUUAAACAGGUAACCAAACUUAUUUAAUUCCUAGUUCUUGGGUUCCAAUCAUUAAAAAUUUGCUGAAGAUAGCACCAUCAUUGACUGAAAGAGGAAAGUUUAUACUGCAACUUAAUUACAAGCUUUAUCAGUGGGUGAGAUGAAUAUUUUCUUCAGUUGAAUGUCUUAAAAUGGAAGAAAUGGUUGUCAACUCCCGGAGGAGGAGUCACCCAAUUUCAGAUCUCGCAAUAAAUAAUCGAAGGACAGAGCAAGUAGAAACUCAUAAGUAGCCAGGUGCCACCAUUAAUAAUUAGCUGACAUUGCAUCAACACCACCAAAUUCUGUGUUGAAAAAUCAAUCAAAGACUUUCUCUCUUUAAAAAAAAAAAGUAAAAUUUUGGGGUAAACAAACAAGAUAUUAACAUAUUCUACAGUGCAACAAUUGGAAACCUACUUAACUUCAGUAUUACCUGCUGGUGUGGGAAUUGAUCAUCUGACAUCACACAAUGAUUAAAUAGACUAAUAAAAAAAGCUAAUAAUAUACUCAAACUAAACAUCCUUCACUUGAAAAACUAUUUGAAGAAAAAUUCUGUUGUAAAACUAAAAAUAAAUUUUGGAUAAUACAGCCCACCUUCUUAAUCACAGAUACUUAGGAUCAGCUCGAUCUGGGGGAAUUAUUUCGCUUAAAGUUAAGACAGAAAGAUAUAAAAAUUCUUUUGUUCCCUAGUCUGUAAGAAUUUACCAGUGUGCUUCCCCAGUGGAUAUCAAAUCUAAGUGAUCACUAAUUAAUUCAUUAUUGUCACUAAGGGAGUUAAUUAUUUUUGUUGGUAUAUGAUGGCUGAUUUUUACAGAAGAGAAAUACUUAAGAUGUCUUGUGUUUAAAUUGUUCUGAUUGUAAAAUGUUGUCUGCGUCAAAAUAUGUAUUUAUUUAAGUGCUGAAAAUGAUUAUGUGCAAAGUAAUAUAAAAAACAUUUCCAUCUAUUUUAAUAAAGAAAAGAAUCUUAUCUUCUCUUAAUUAUUAUUUUUACCAACCAAAGUAUGGGAAAUGAUUACACUGACUUAAAAUGAUUCUUACUGUUGGUGAAAGGCAAAAUAGUACACAUCUGUAGAAAUGUUAUAUCAGACAAAAGUUAUUUCCACUCUUCAAAUACUUUUAUUCUACUACUAAUUAUAUAAGAUUGAAAACUUAACACUCUGAAAAAUUAUAGUUGUACAUUUUCUUUUUCUAAUAAUCCUGAGAUUUGCAUAUGGAACCAUAGACCAGAAGGUGCUCAUAAGUUAGCAGAUGAAAUUGGCAAUAAUUGUGUUGCUUGCUCUAAAGUCUCAGAGGCUGUGGAAGAUGCUGAUGUCAUAGUUACCGUGACAAGUGCUAAAGAUCCCAUCCUUAAGGCUGCGUGGGUCAAACCCGGAGUUCAUAUAAAUGGUAAGACUUUUGACACAUUCCAUAGGAACAAAUGGCUUCAGAAAAAUCAAUUCAUAAAACCUUUAAAAUAUUACAAUUUGCAACUUUGACACUAAAAGUUGUCAAUUAGACAGAGAGAAAUCUAUGUACAAAAUGGUAUAGACUAAUGAUGAAAUUAUGGUGUCUGGUGUUUGUAAUAAAAACGGGUAGUGGUGGAUUCAAAUAGAAAGUGGAAACAUUAAAGAGAUUAUAUCACACGUCACUUAUUUUACAAUUUGUUUCAUCACUGUAAUUUUUGUGUGUUGCUUUUACUAUGCGAUUUAAUAUGUUAAAGAGCUUUUCAAUAGUGCAGACCUGUUUACCCUCAAACUCUUAAAAUCGUACAAUAACAUCACAAAGUCGUUCAAUACAUUAUCUUAAUAGUAAAAACAUAAAUAUACAGUAUAUACAUUGUACGCCAGAAUCAUAAGAGUAAACAGGUCUGAUAGUGCAAUUAAUUGUAAUUUGAAUAUAUAAUCUUCAGUCCAGUCAAUGGCACCACCCCCCCACCCCCCCUUUUUUUUUCUGAGAGAAAAUUUUAAAGAAAAGUAAUUAAUUUAUCAUGAAUAAAUAAUACUUUUUUUCCCCAUUAUACUUCUAUUUUAGUGAUCCACUAUUGUUAAAGUAUUUAUUGUUAACAAGAACAAGUUUCCAAGAAUUUCAAAUAUUUAUUACACCAGCUGUUGGUGCAUGUCGACCCGAUUGGUCAGAGCUUGAGCCGGAGCUUGUGAACUCGGCUGUUGUUUAUGUAGACAGUCGGGAGGGUGCCCUCAAAGAAAGCGGGGAUAUUAUUUUAGCAAAGGUGAAAAAGGUUCUGUUUCAUUAAAUACUAGUGAGUGUAUUGAAUGGCCUAUUUUUCUGCCGUCCUACGACAAAGACAAAAUCUAUUCUUUUCAAUCUCAGCAUUCAUAAAAGACCCAAAAUUUAAGUUAAUCUUUGUUUGAUGUUAAAGGCCAUCAUUAACCCAUUCAAUAAUGGCCAAAUCUGGCCACACCACACUCUGUUUACACAUUGCUGUACAGAAAAAGCCCACCAUUAAAAUGAAAAUCUCACAAGAAGUGAAACCAAAAGAGAUUACUUCCAAAAAUUUUUUUAGUUUACCCGUUUGGCGAUGAAUCUUCAUUAUUUUAAGAGCAGUUUUAUUUUCUUAUUAUUAUGUUACUGAGUAUUCGAGUACUUCAUCAUAGUUAAAGAAUUUAUAUAACAAAAGCAAUUGGAAAUAAGGUAUUGUGACAACCAGUUAAAAGUGGAACACAAUUUAUUUCAUGAAAAUAUAUUACAAAAUAGAUUUCUUUUCUUUCUAAAUCUAUUUAUGGUAGAUGUGGAGUUGUUCCCCAUGGCUGGGGUUUUAAUGGAUACAAUUUCUGAGUAACCUAAGUUGAAUGAGUUAACUAAAGAAAACAAUUAAUAGGUAGAGCGCAUCAUAUAUUUAUUAGAGUAAAUAAAGUUAAAGAAAUUCGAAGAUUAUCUAACAAUAUUUUUUACUUCAAUGUUUUAAACUUAAGGUUUGUUUUUCCUGAAAGUUUUUUUGUUUGUUCCCAUUUACAUUUUAGGCUGAAAUCUAUGCAGAGAUAGGGGAGGUGAUCAAUGGAACAUGUGAAGCUAAACGUGAACAGAUAACAAUUUUCAAAUCUUUAGGUAAUUAUUUACAAUUUGUUAAGGAGACGUUACAAAAUCUGUACUGUUAAAUUAUGCCUGAAAGGGGGAAGGAGGGAGGGGGGGUGGUAAACUCUAAACUCGGAUCAUUUAAAAGGCUAAACUUAUACUUUAUACACUUUAUCUUUAGAAGAGGAUUGGGUUAAAAUAAUGAUGAUAGACUUUACAAUGUUACUGUCAUGAUAUUGAAAAAAAAUAAAUUUGAGAGCUAGUUAUUAGCAGACGAAAAAUGUGUCCUACAAAAAGAAUCUGUUCUUUACACUGACUAAAUAUUUUAAAUUAUUGAAAUACAAGGCCAAUAAUCAGGAUCUUUCAGGUUCAUCCCAAAAAAAACAUUUUUGCUGGGCUAGUCAAAUGUUAUAUUUAUACACCUAUCUUAAGUAUCUUACAUAUUUACAUAUCUGUCUGACUUAGUCAGACCUAUUGUAAAUGUUAUCUUUAUAUAGUAGUCUGACUUGGGUGGAAUGAAAUAUAUACAUACCUGUCUGACCUUGUCUAAAUGUUAUAUUUAUAUAACAUCGGAUGGACCUAGUCUAAUCCUUUUUUUAACCAUUCAAUCACAGUAUAGACUUCACUAGCCUUACUUAACUUGAUAUCAUUUAUGAAAGUAUUUUUAUGUGCCUAAAAUAAUAUUUUGUUUCUAACUUCCAGGUAUGGCCAUUGAAGAUGCUGUGGCAGCUAAACUUGUUCUGGAUAAAUUAACUGUAAAUGAUUGAAAUUUGUUUCCGGCAGUUUUUAUUUUUCAUGUACUCACAGCUUUAAUCAGUAUUAGAAUCGAAUGAAUAAUAUUAUUAUACAGAUAAAAGUUAUGUUCAGACAGUAUUACAAUAGUAUGCUGAUAAAAGUAAUGUCCGGACUGUGUUAAUAACAAAUGAUACAAGAUGAGUGUCAAUUAAAAGGAGUUGAUGGACACUGAAUGGCGGGAAGAAACUGUCACGACUCAUCUACGCUAAAUGUCAAUAAGUCAGCAGUAAAAAGGCUUCUUAGAAAGGAGCCACUCAGUUUGACAAAUUCAGUUUUAACCAGACAAGAAGUAUCAUUUUAGCCAGACUGGAAGAAGUACACUCAGCAUUUGGAGCUAUUAAUGUGUUCUGAAUAAAGGUUGUGGAUGCAAUUCUGAUUAAACUCCAUAUUAUAUUUUGAUUGAUUAAAUCACCAGUUUGGUGAACAUUCCAUUUAAUCAUUCCAAUUAUAAAUUGAGAGACAUGCAGGGCCUGAUUUAAAAAAAUAAAAUUAAGUGUUAAAUCCUUUGACUGCAUGAUUAUAGGUCAGAGUUAAAUACCCUAACUAAAUUAAAUAGGUAAGAGUUAGCUCUCCAAGCUAAGUGACCUAAAUGGUUUCUCCCAGUGUUAUCAUCCUACAGUGCCUCCUAUUGCAUGAUAUAGGUCAGAGUUAAAUACCCUAACUAAAUUAAAUAGGUAAGAGUUAGCUCCCCAAGCUAAGUGACCUAAAUUGUUUCUCCCAGUGUUAUCAUCCUACAGUGCCUCCUAUUGCAUGAUAUAGGUCAGAGUUAAAUACCCUAACUAAAUUAAAUAGGUAAGAGUUAGGUCUCCAAGCUAAGUGACCUAAAUUGUUUCUCCCAGUGUUAUCAUCCUACAGUGCCUCCUAUUGCAUGAUAUAGGUCAGAGUUAAAUACCCUAACUAAAUUAAAUAGGUAAGAGUUAGCUCUCCAAGCUAAGUGACCUAAAUUGUUUCUCCCAGUAUUAUCAUCCUACAGUGCCUCCUAUUGCAAUUUCUAUAAGCUUAAGACUAAACAUCUGAACUUAUAAAUGUCUUUCAUAUAAUAGUAAAUCUAUGACAACUUACACACAUGUACAACAUGCAUUUCUAUUAUUUAUCAGUUAAGUGUACUUUUCAUGAAAUUAUUUGUUAGAUUUUAUAAACCGAUGACUUGUCUUUUUAAAAUGAUCAAAAUACUGUUUGUAAACAUUGCAUUUAUACAUGGUGGAUCUAUUGGAUUUAUUAUCUGUAACACUGGUUUUCAACUUUUUUUCAUCCUGCAACAGAUUAUAACCAACUAGAUAAGCCCGCCAAACAUUGGCGACAGUAAUGCGUGAAUUUCCCAUCUGGUAAAGUUACUUGACAAAACAUAAACUCAAGUGAAUCACAUUUAAGCAUCCCAAUAUUUGCUACAUUCCCCCUUCCCCUAUGAUACGUCACUGCACACUUUUUAUUUCACGACCAUGAACUAUAUUCAUAUUCUCAUGUCCCAACCAUUUUUAAACCGAAUAUUUUUUUACACAAUUCUUAAACUGAGAGGAUAUCAUUUCCGAAAAGAAAAUAUUACGCACCAAAAGCAAUUGGGUUAUUAAAUAAAUAAAUAUAUAUAUAUAUCAUUUAGCUUGGUUAUCGGGAAUUAUAUUUUACGCGCCAGUGAACACAUUAUUGAACCACACUCUGGCGUAUCUUUAAAUAGCCUGCGUGGUGUUUGACCCGUCUUGUUUGACCUUUCCUGGCGAAUUAUAUAUAUAAGAUUAUUAAAGUUUCUC